AUGCGGUGGUCUAGAGUUCACACGCAAUAUCUUGUGCCAGUCAAGGCUGUAGUGAGAUCAUCACCAGCACGCCGACCUGCACUACACACAGUUGCAUUUUCCACAACCGCUGCCAAAGCCAAGAACCAAAUAUUCGACCCAGUCCGCAACACCAACAGCCUGGACACCUACCUGUCCGUGUCCGCCUCCUCAAACACCCCGCUGCUCACCUUCUGGACCGCGUCCUGGUGCUCGACCUGCCGCGCCGUGUACCCCCUCGUCCGCUCCCUGAUCCAGCAGGGGACCGGCGAGGCCGAGGGCGGCGUCAACUUGGUCCCCGUUGAGUUCGACGCACCGGACGCCCAGAGCCUCGCCAUGACCUACAUGAUCACCUCCAUCCCCACGCUGCUGGCCUUUGACGCCCGGCGCGGCGAGCCCAUCCGUGCCACGAGGGUCACAGACGGGCGGAGCCUCGCUGACCGCCAGUUCCUGACCGACUGGAUCAUCCGGGAGGCUGCGAGGCGGCACUCGUCCGGAGGAGGGGCAGGUGGCUCUGGCUCUUCCUUUGGAGGGUUGUUCGGCAAGUGA